CCCGUCCCAUCGAAUCCAAGGAGACCGAAGAGCUCCCUCUCCCUCCACAAAGGGAACGAGAAGUAGCAGCCUAAUCGCGCUAGGGUAGCUAGCCAUGUCGUCCUCCCCCGACCUCUCCCGCGUGCUCCCCCGCGUGCUCAUCGUCUCCCGCCGCACCGUCCGCAAGAACAAGUUCGUCGACUUCGUCGGAGAGUACCACCUGGACCUCAUCGUGGGCUACGGCGCGGUGCCGGUGAUCGUGCCGCGCGUGGCCGGCGUGCACACGCUGCUGGACUCGUUCGAGCCCAUCCACGGCGUGCUCCUCUGCGAGGGCGAGGACAUCGACCCCUCGCUCUACGAGUCGGCCGCCGACGCCGACGCCGGCGCGCUCUCGCCAGAGCAGCUCGAGGCCGUGCGGCGCCUGCACCCGAGCGACGCCGCCGUCGACCACGAGAAGGACUCCAUCGAGCUCCGCCUCGCGCGCCGCUGCCUCGAGCGCAACAUCCCGUACCUCGGCAUCUGCCGCGGCUCGCAGGUGCUCAACGUCGCCUGCGGCGGCUCGCUCUACCAGGACGUCGAGCACGAGCUCGGCCCCGCGGCCGCCGCCGUCCGGCACAUCAACUACGACGACUACGACGGCCACCGCCACCCGGUGCGCGUCCUGCCCGGCACGCCGCUGCACGAGUGGUUCGCGGGCGACCUCGCCGACGGGGGCGAGGACGGCGGCGCGCAGGCGCAGCAGCUGAUGGUGAACAGCUACCACCACCAGGGCGUGCGGCGGCUGGCGCAGCGGUUCGUGCCGAUGGCGUUCGCGCCGGACGGCCUGGUCGAGGGGUUCUACGACCCCGACGCGUACAACCCUGGCGAGGGCAAGUUCAUCAUGGGCCUCCAGUUCCACCCGGAGCGCAUGCGCAAGCCGGGCUCCGACGAGUUCGACUACCCCGGGUGCGCCAGGGCCUACCAGGAGUUCGUCCACGCCGUGGUCGCGUACCAGGAGAAGCAGGUGGCCGCCGCCGCGUCGCCCCGGAGCGCCCUCCCCGCGUCGCCAAAGCUGAACAAGGAGAUGGAGCGGCGGCGCAAGGUCAUCUUCCGGAGCUUCUCGCUCGCCAAGGACAUGUACCUCUCCGGCGGCCGCACCGAGACGAAGCCGGCGGAGCAGCGCGACCUCGACGCCGGCGCCGAGUUCCUCGAGUCGAACACGGCGUCGCUGAGCGUGCAGCAGGAGAAGCGGCUGAAGCAGAUGGGCGCGACGGUGCGGAACGCGUCGGGGUACCUCAACAGCCUGAAGCUGAACGACGGGCGGGAGGCGGCGGCGCGGGCGCUCAUGGCGGAGAUGACGGUGGGCCAGCUCUCGGACCUCGCCUCCUUCUACCAGACCAUGGGCAGGAUCUGCUCCGAGGUGCUCGACGCGAAGCUGCAGGCGCUGCACCUGCACGAGUGAAGACUCCGUCGAGCAUUCGAUCGAGCGUGUCCGUGCCAGCACCUGGGGGCUUGUUUUACGCCCUCAUGUUAUUAUUAGCGUGAAAAUUUGAGUGUCUAGGCAAGUGUUUAUUGGUUAAUUACUACGAGUAUUCUAGUAUAAUGUUAUUGCCGUGAUGUUUGAGAAGUGUUGCGGUUUCUCCGGA